ACGGUGAAACACUUUCGGAGCAUUCUUUUUUCACAGAUUUUUGGUGAUUUUUCGUCGAAAGUUUCUAAUUUCUCGAUUUAAACUUAUCCAAAUCGUAAGUUUAGAUAAUUUCAACAUUGAAAAAUCCUAACAAUCGUGUGAGAUCUUCGGUGGUUGUUAAUUUUACCCGGAUACAAAAUCAUAUCGUUCGACCGAGUGAAUUUUCUACAGUUUAAACGACACUCUUGAAGAUGACCGAUAAAUGCUGAAAAAUCAUCGCACCGUUCCAUAUAUCGGUUAAUUGGGCUUCCAUUUCUGUAUAUUCGAAUCCAUGAACAUCCACUACGUAUCCUGAUAAUGGGUGGAAAACAAAAACAAGCUCAGCGAACGAAAAACAAUGCUCGUCCUUCGAACAGUGGACGCAGCGCUGAAUUACUCGGUAACUCGACCGGUAAACUGUUUUCAGCUCUGAAAGAUAACGCGAAUUACGUCGCUCCUGUUAGCAAUAUUGACAGCGAUGCUAAUAUCAAUCACGAUUUCCAACUCGUUAUGAAAAAAAUGAAUAAAAAAGAUCCGGUAACUAGACAAAAAGCGUUACAAGAGUUCGUCGAUUUAUGCCAGACGUCCGAUCUUGCCACGGUUAAAUCAAUUUUACCAUUUUGGCCCAGAUUGUAUAACUCCCUAGCGGUGGAUUCCGAUUACAGGGUUCGAGAAGCGGCUCAGCAAGCUCAUCGAGUGUUUGUUUUGGCUGUUAAACGUGAUAUCGCGCCUUACUUGAAACAAUUAAUCGGUGCUUGGUUCGUUUCACCUUUUGAUUCGCAUCCUUUGGCUGCAAGUGUUGCUAAAUCUAGCUUCCAAGCUGCUUUUUCACCUUCCAAACGCACAGAAGUGAUUGUAUUCGCUCAUAAAGAAAUCCUUCAGUAUAUUUCUCAAAAUAUAAUCCACGAAACUCCGGAAUCUUUUGCUGGAUCGAAAAGUAUACCGGCGGACGAAUUGAAUAUAAAAUAUCAAAGGAUACUUUCAGCCAAUUUAUUAGGAUACGCUCAGUAUCUUGAGAAAAUUCCAAAAGAGCAGCUCAUCGAAGCGCUGCAAGAUAACAAAACUAUGAUAUUAAAUACGAAUAAAUUUUGGAAAUUUGCCAAAGAUGAAUCGAAAUCGGUGAAAGCUGCUUGGUUCACGGCUGUUUUAGCGCUUAUCAACAAAGCGCCGUUUUUAUUAGAAAAUAAUUAUAAGAAAUUAUGCACAUCGAUUUUUAGCAAUUUCGACGAAAACGAUAGUAACGUGUUACCAUUAGUUUGGGAUGCUGCCCUUAGUUCCAGUACGAUUGUUUCAAAUUGGUGGGAGCACGUGAGUCCGGAUAAAUUGGUGUUUCCCAAAAUGUGGCGUGUAUUGCAAGAGGCAGCAUUUGGGAACGCUUCUAUAAUAUUCCCUUCGUUGCUACCGUUACUAAGUCGUAUACAGAUUCCUCAAAAUAUUAAAAUCGAAGACUUUCAUUCGAAAUUAUUCACCAGUUUGCUCACAGGAUUAAGUAAUACGAGAGCUCAACGUAGCACUUCGGAAACCGAAGCUGUGGUCAACACGUACUUCGAAUGUCUUUGUUAUGUGAUAAAAAAGAAUAUAGAAAACAGAGAAUUUUGCCUAUCACUCGUUGAUAACGUUCUAGUCUUAUUAAUCGACAAAUCACUCAAUGAUAAAUCGCUGUUCGCCUCGAGUUCAUCGGUUUUCUUGCACUUAUCAGUAUUACUAAGGUACUGGGGUCGUAUGCGAAACUCUGCGGAUAAAAUAUACGAAGCAUUGGUCGACUCGAUAUGGCUCUCUCUGCGAUCGAUGGUCACUCGUUCGGUAAUCGCUGCAAAAUCUAACGAAGAUAAAGACUCGGAGAAUAACUCCAUCAAAGACGAUCUCGAGAAAAAGCUCAGAGUACAUCAAAAAAUGGUCAACGCUUUGAAAAAUCCCACUGAUGUUAGACAGAAGAAACAAACCAGGGUGAAAUUUUCCUCUCCGGCGCCUGAGAAGAACGACUCUUCGCAGACCAGUUCUCCAUCGGAACCGGAGAAACCAACGAACGAAUUAACCUACCAUAGCUCUUUCUUAACUAACGAUGCGUAUUUUACUCGCCAGCUCAAUGAUCUUGUUAACGAUAUGAUCCAAGUAUACUACGACGCGAUCCAGAACUCGAAAUAUUCGUAUUUGUUCGUGAACCAGCUCUGCAACGUGUUGAAUUUAUUUAGCGAAAAGUGCUAUUAUCAGAAACUUACCGAGAUUGUUCACGCAACUUGUACCAAUAAUAGUUCGGAGGAUAACGAAUCGUCCGAGCUGAUCAAUAAUGUGAUGAGGAGCUGGCUGAGUGAUAAUAGGGUAUCGGUGGACGCUGUGCUCAACGUGUUGUUCCAUUUAUUGGUGUACUUGAAAGAUGACGAGAAGGUUGUCAUUUUGAAUAAUAUUAGCGAGGAUCAUAUGAGUAGUAUGUUAGAAUUAUGCCUUAAUCUUGCCAACGAUAGUCAGCUGCAAAAUUCCGUACGUAAAUGGCUUUCCAGCGCGUACUUCAAAUCAACGUUGAAUAAGUUCGCCCACGAAGUGUCCAAGACGUAUCCGCCAUCGAUGGAAAAAGUCAAUAUAUUGAAAACUUGUUUUAAAGCUCCCAAAAAUGGAGAAAGCUACACCAACGAAGAAACCAAGCUGGAAAUCCUGAAAGUAUUCCGCGAUUCGCUGCUGCACGAUACCGUCUCCGCAGCCAACUCUCAUCCUCAGCAACCGCACAAAGCGAAUUUAUCGUGUAUCGCUAAAGUACUCAAAGAAGUAUUCAAAGAGUACAAUUAUCCUUUGCUUCGUAAAAAUCACGCCGUAAUUACGAGCACAAUCGGAUACCUAUUUCUUUAUGGUUGCGAUGUUGAUAACCACGUCGACGAUGACGAUGUUUUAAACGAGUCUUGGGUUCUCGGAGUGCAGACAUUGGCUCGCAUAUUCGGAUGCACCAGUCCGGAUUUCAUCAACGUCACCGAGCAGUUCGCUUUCGCUGUAAUCGAAUUGGUAGAAAAGAGUAAAUGUAAAAUAGAAGACAUGAAACAUAUAAUUAACUUCGUCUGCACCUAUAUCGAAUGCUUACCGAUGAGUUUAGAGGUGGAUAAAUCGUCGAAUACCGAAGAAAGCCAUCGACAUAUGUACGACGACGAAGUACUGGAUGCAACUUCGGCCACAUACGCCGAUAUUACGAGCUUAAUAUGCGAAGUUUUCCUCAAAAUAGCAGUACAAUAUUGUCACGCCAAUAUGGAAACGAGCGUAGUGAACGCUUGUCUGAAAGCUGAAUUUUAUAACGGUUCGAUGACCUGUCGAUUAUCGUCGAAUGCCGAAGAAUCCGCCGAUGAUAUUAUUUUCGGUAUCGAGAAUAAAGCCGAAAACGAUAUCAACGAAUGUUUCGCAUCGGUUGCUAAAUUAUUCAACGUAGCUUACUAUAUCGUUACUGUGAUAAAUAAUUACCUUUUGGAUGAAAUAUAUCCGAAAAAAGAAGACGAAGAAGACGACACCAAAAAGGAUACCUACGAACCGUUCUUAUCCAAACACGGAUUAGGUAAACUGAACGAAAGCGUCGUCUACGUUAUUUAUUUGCUCGCUGUUUUGAAAUCUUUCAACGAAAACUUCAAACACGCUCGAUUUUACGACCAUAUCACCGAAAACAAUCUAACCGAGUUGGAAUCCAUCACGAGUGCGAUAGUGAAAAUGCAUCCACGAAGCCCAAUCCUGCUGCUGAAGCUGGCCAUCAUGAAUAAAGCCUUCCAAUGCGGCGGAUUCUGGGCCAAAGCUCUAUUCAUACUUUUCGUAGAACUCAUGGAAGGUGGAAAUGUAAACGAAGCUUAUCACGAAAUUAUCAAAUGCCACGAUGUGUCCGAUUAUCGCGUUAAAAGCUACAUACUGCAUAUAUCCGAACUGUUCGCCAAAGUAGCCCAGUUCAGAAUGGAAUUAUAUUCUCCGGAUGCUAAACUAGACGAAGAAAAGCUCUCUGUGCUGACCUGCUUUUUGAGAGCUAAUAAAGAGAAUAAGUUUUCGUCGGAUCAAGAUCGAGUCAUAUGGUAUUGGUUGGAUACGAUACUGAUUCAUAAAAAACAACUCGAAUCUACGUUCAAUAAGAACCUGAUGGAAUGUAAACCUUCGGAGAUCAUGUUAGCGGCGACGGUUUGCAGAUUCUUGUCGGUUGUUUCGGAUGGUAAAAUACCGCUGAUGACCGAUAAACGAACUGAUUUCAUGAUGAUAGCUUUGGCAUCGUGGAUGCAGAGUAUUCAUAAGACUUGUAGCAGUGCCUCGUACGAAGAAAAUCCUCAUUAUAAUUUACCUAUGUGUAUAUUCAUUUCGGCCGUUUGUGAUAUGUUCAAAUCGAUGACGAAAUUAGCCUCGAACGUGACCUACUCCGAUAAACUGUUCAUCGAAUGGAAUAACGUUUUCGCCGCCGAAACUCAUACCAUUAUUUCGUACAAUUGGAAAAAUCUCGCUGAAAGUGAAGGAUGUAGGAACGUUGAACAGUUCCUAGUAUUGAAUACAUUGAGUGGUUUGAUCAUAACCCACGUAGAUUUCAUUCAGUUUGUCGUCAGACCGGAUUUGAACUUUUGGCUGUGCGCUUGUUCGGAUUUAAUUCAAAGUUAUUGCGCUCCGGUGCGAUUGGCAGCUUAUUAUGUGCUCGUUGAAUUAUCUUUGGAAAUGGUUGGACAAGAUUCGUGUGUUUCGGUGGUCGAAGAUAUGGAAGAGAAGUUAACGUUGGAGAUAUUAUCGAUAUCGUCUCUGCAAACCAUCGUUAAUAUAGUCCUAUCUAGUUAUAAGAAUGGAGACGAAAGAGUACUUGAUCCGAAUACAGACUCGUACGUGUACGUUCAUUCGUAUUUAUUGGUUUGGAUGGUGGUGAUAAAGAUGUGCGAAAAUGCUCCUGUUCAAGUCCGAUACAGAUACGCGUCUUGGUUGAAGGAUGAAGGAUAUUUGGAAAUGUUUUUACAUAAUUUACAAACCUUGAUGCCGGAAAAAGUGCACAAAAAUAAUUUAUCCGACGCUGUGGUGAAAAAAAUCCGCGAGCUGUUCUCGAUCGAGCCUAGAUUCACUCUCGAAGAUCGUUGGGAUACUGCGAAGUUGACCAUGCUGGUGUGCAGAUUGUAUUACAUGUCGUUAUGGUUACUUCCGGCGUUCGUUCGUCAAUGGUGGAAAAGUAUGGAUUCGAAAGAGGCCACCGUAGUGGAUAAAUUAACCACUAGAUUCGUAUCACCUACGCUCAUCAUGGAAGAAAUGAAAGCUAUAAAGAAAGAAAAUAACGUCGAGAAGUUCUCCAUGAAAGGGUAUCCGGCAACUAGACAGAUAAUAGCUUCGUAUACGGUGGAAGAUGCUACGAUGGAGAUAACCAUGCAAUUAGCAGCUAAUCAUCCGUUAGGGUUCGUGAAAGUCGAUAGUAGUAAUGUUGUUUUGUUAUCGAAUCGAUGGCGAACGUGGGCUAAGCAGUUGAACAUGUACCUAGCUCAUCAAAAUGGUUUGAUUCGAGAUGGAAUCAUGUCUUGGAAAAGUAACGUCGACAAAGCAUUCGAAGGUGUCGAAGAAUGCUACAUUUGUUUCUCAAUCGUUCACAGCAGUAAUUACCAGUUACCAAAACAAUCGUGUAAAACGUGUCAUAAAAAAUUCCAUCCAUUAUGUUUAUAUCGUUGGUUCAUCACCAGUAACAAAUCAUCGUGUCCGAUAUGUCGAAAUCAUUUUUAAUCUAGACGCUCAAAACUGCCAUGAUCGAUCAUAGUUAAUUUUGAAAAGUUAUUUAUUAUAUCGAUGGUGUUGUGGAUAAAAGGCCAAACUGUUUUUUUUUUCCAAAGGGCAAAUCUGUUCUCGGUCAUUUUGAGUAAAUACGAAAGGGCCAAUCUGCAUUUUUUUACAUGAAAGUAUAAUCCAAAACGGCGAAACUGAACUAUUUUUUUACUUUUUUUUUACAUUACAGACCACUACAAAUUUAUCUUUGAUGGCCAGUAAUUUAAAAAAAAUUGCAAAUGUACCAAAAUGAUCUCAGAAAACCCAGACCUACGAGUAAACAAAAUAAUACGAGGGUGGAUUAAAAAGUAUCGCCAACAGUGCUCUGGAGGAGAGCCUAUAUGGAGGUACGAGUAUUUUGAACCAAAUGAGCGCUCAUUUUAUAGCUUGAAGUUUUAGGAAGACGGUGGUGUGUUCAGUUUUUAGAUACCUACAACUCGAAAAAAUGUUGAUCGUAUUUGAAAUUUUUGAGAAAAGUUAUUCGGUUGAUGGGGCUGGAGUAUCGUACAUUGCGGUCUAGUAGCAAGUCUAAUAUCUAUAUCAAGCAGUGUGUGCAAUCAUUUGAUAGUCCAAAGCCUCAGGAACACGGCGGUGUAUUCAGUUUUUUUUGUUUGACUUGUACAAAUAUUCUUGAAUGAAUUCAACGAGAUCAUGGUAUAGCUAAGUGAUGUUAAUUUUCACUAAAAAAAAAACGCCCAAGUCACUUUGGACAUGUUCAACAUUGUUACAACAUGUUGUACAGAAAAACUAAAUACAUCACCAUGUUCCUGUAACUUCAGACUACAAAAUUACUGCUCAUGCAGCUUGCUAUAAGAAUUAGUCUCGCCGGUAGAGCGCAAAGUGUACCUACUUGUGUAUCCUGCAUGACCUGAAAUUUUUUCCUCGGCCCAUUCGAAGGCCUCCAAAAUUUUUUCUAUAACUCAUAAAGAAAAAUUAAGCACAUCAUCGUGUACCUGAGACUUCAGGCUACAAAAUCACAACUUCUUUCUCAAUAGAAAUGAAAUGAGGAAGGAUCGAGAUGACGGAUUUGCUAAACUAUUUGAACCUGAACCAAAGACCAAAAAUUCAGGUAAUUUGAGUACGCUGUAUAAGUAUUUGGCAUUAUUUGGACACAUUUGAGUAAUUCUGUUGGUUUUUCUAGAAAUUAAAAUAUCAAAAGAGCCUCAGGAAACGAAUUUUAUCCGUCAAAAAAAAGAGUUCAUUCUGAAGAUGAUUAAAAAAGAUACCAAAGCUCGAACCUUCACUGAUGACUGAUAACAAAUCGAUUUCACCCCUACAUACAAUAUUAGACUAUAUGAGCUUUCAUUUCGCGGCCGAAUAUUUCCCAUUUGCUAAGCAUUUGCCAUUUAUCAACAACAAAACAUCUAUUAUUUUUUGCCAAAUUUAUCAGAUUGGCCCUUUUUUUCAUGUUGAACCUGUAGGUUGAACAAAUACAAAAGGGCCAAUCUGUCCACUCUCGAACGAUGAUAUGACACUUUCGAGUUUAGAAUGCAAGUUGGAAACUCAGUUUGGCCUUUUAUCCACAACACCAUCGAUAUGCUAUUGUGUUUUGAUUUUAUCAUUGUUUACCCCCCUCUUAUUCCCCCUUUUAUUUCCAAUUGUUUGAUACAAUAAUUCAUUAACGACCAGAAGAGAAAUCCUUCAUCCGAGUAUCAGUGACCUUUAUUAUUUAUUCCAGUUGGUUUGCGUAGUACAUAUGUUUUUUUUUUGUAAACAAUUUUGUAAAUUAUCUUAUCAUCGUCGUUAUUGGUUUCCAAUUUCUCUCCUUUUCUUUUUUUGUUUGUUACAAUGUACAGGAAAUUUGUUAAAUUAAAUACGUUUUAUAAAUUUAUAAAA